UUGAGGUUUCCUCUGCUGCUGUGCUCAUGCUGCAUGAGCUCAUAUCUCUACUUCAUCUGUUCAGAGGGUCUGUGUUGCGUUCCUUCAGCCAUGGCUCAUCAUUGGACACUCAGAAGCCUCCUGGUUUUUCAUGGACUAGUUGGAAUCUGUACAGGAUUUGUGCAAGAGAACUGUACCAACGUCACACAGAAGAGGGUUUUCUCUGUACCCGGGGACGUGGCUAUGCUGAAUGGUACCCUGGAGUCAUCACAUGGAUCCAACCUCAAAGGUGUGCCUUACAACAUCACCUGGUACAACUCGAGCACAGGUCAAGAGAUGAACAACCUCACAGGUCGAAUCCUGGUGCUAAGAGAGAUUCUGUGGUUUCUCAAAGUGACACCGGAAGACCAUGGAAUAUAUUCGACAAUCCUGAGGACACCCUUUCAGUGCUUCAGGCAGGACAUCAAGCUGUCCGUGGAUCAACCUGCUGCCAAAGCAUGUGGGAGGCCAAAGACUACUCCUCAGUACCUCACAAAGGGAAGCAACGGCAUGCUGUCCUGCCCUCUGGGGGACUACAUCAAAAAACUGAAAAGCUACAACAUCUCUUCUACCAGAAAGUGGUACAAAGGUUGUGAUCUCAUUGAGCCUGAGACAGGAAGGUAUUCCUUCGAUGGUGCAACCAGGCUCAGGAUUAAAAGGGUGGGUCCUGAAGACAGCAGCUCUUUUACCUGUACGUUGACAUUCACUCUCGGUGGAAUUACAGGAUCUGUGUCAGAGACAAUCAAAGCAGUGCUCACAGAGGAUUACAUUAGGGCUCCCUGGAUCACUGAGCCGACUAAUAGACCAGUCAAGGCACAGAUAGGCUCCAAAUUAAGCAUACAGUGCCUGGCUUUUGUGCCAUUUCGGGGGAAGAAUCCCUCGGUUCAAAUGACCUGGUCAGUAAGAGAAGGCCUUAUUUCCUGGAACCGUUCACACCGUGUCUACUCUCCAAAAAAAAGUUCAGAGAGGCGGGAUGUCCCUGAAGAAGGUUAUCUCUUCACGCAACUGCUGGUGUUUUCUAAACUGAGGGAGGAGGACUUCCACCUGAACUACACGUGUCAAGUGAAUGCUGGCACCGGACAGAGUCAUCAAAGAUACUUCACUCUGCUACCACCUGAUCCCAACAUCAUACUACCCAUUGGAUUGGUGUUUGGCGGCAUGUUUUUUUUCUUCAUCACCAGUGUCAUCAUCCACUACCUUUUCAAGGUUGACAUUGUGUUGUGGUUCAGGAGAGUGUUUCCAGCCCUCUAUCCAAACCAAGAUUUGGAUGACAAGUUGUAUGAUGCCUAUGUGGCAUACCCACAGCCCUCUGACAGUGAAUUCAGCGUGGAUGUCGAGAAGUUUGCUUUACACACACUCCCUAAAGUUUUGGAAGAGGCCUGUGGCUACCAACUCUUUAUAGCAGGCCGGGACUGUGCGGCCGGGCAAGCGGUAGUGGACUCAGUGGAGAAGAACUUACAAGCCAGUCGCAGAGUCCUUCUGCUCUACGCCGCCUCCACCUUCAUCAGCAAAAGACACACAAGAAGCCCUGGUAGCAACAAAAACAACACAACCUCAAGGAGCAGAGACUGCAGCAGGAACAAUGAAAGUGGCAGCACGGAUUUUGAAAGUGAUAAAGAAGUCUAUUCAGACACACGGCAGCAGUUUGAGUGUGUGGCAGCUAUGCACAGAGCUCUCUUGGAGGGAUCUCUGAAGGUAGUUCUGGUGGAGUUGGAGGAGAUCAGCCCAGCUCAGCUCGCUCUCUUCCCAGAGUCGGUGCGUCAACUGAGAAAGAAGCAGGGCGCCGUGUGUUGGUGGAAAAACUUGGGGAAGAGGCAAAGUUCUCAGAAGUUCUCAAAGUUCUGUAUCAGGAGGAGAGAGGACGAGGAGAGAGGUGGACAGGACACACAGCUGUCUCCAUCCCUCUCCCCCUCCUCUAGGUUUUGGAAAGAGAUGAGGUAUCAUAUGCCUGUGAAGGGAACGAGGAGGGGUACCGGAAGAACUCGUGAUGUUGUUUGAUAAAAAAGCUUCACCUGAUAAAACAGAGAGUAGCUGCUUCCCAGUAGAAAUGUGAAUUACAGUAUCCCAUGGACGUACACCAUAUGUACCAUCUAUGUAUGUGCUAAUACAAAGAUCACUACCUAUAAUAUGAUCAUUAUCAGUGAUGAUCAUAUUUAUUCUCAUUGCUAAUAACAACAAUAUCAUUAAAUGAGAAGGUGCUCACAAAAGACCUCACUCUUUCAGAAGGAUGUGUGUGUUGAGUCUCCUAAAAGUCAUCGCCCUCACCAGUCUGCACCAGUCUCACCCUGCGCCAUGAUUGGCUGUAGGUGUGGGAAUUGAAAACCGGAUCCGACUUAGAACCGGUUCCAAUUCAUCAAUUCCAUCGGAAUUCUACACCUCAAAUGUUAUCGACUCAUCUUAAUGAUUACUUUCCCAGCAUGACAAAGCUUGGGGUUCACGUCGGGCCGAAGUGGAGAAGGGUUCCAUGUGAACAUGUUUGCGUUGGGGAGGCGAACCCAGGCCUACCUACCUCUCCCCUCUCGCUUUCCCUCAUGCUCCAGGGGCCACGUCCAAACUCAGGCAGCUGAAAAUGAGGCACCAAGAGC